GCCGCCGCCAUGGCCGAGAACUGGAAGAACUGUUUCGAGGAGGAGCUCAUCUGCCCCAUCUGCCUGCACGUCUUCGUGGAGCCCGUGCAGCUCCCCUGCAAGCACAACUUCUGCCGGGGCUGCAUCGGGGAGGCGUGGGCCAAGGAGGCCGGCCUGGUGCGCUGCCCCGAGUGCAACCAGGCCUACAACCAGAAGCCGGGCCUGGAGAAGAACCUCAAGCUCACCAACAUCGUGGAGAAGUUCAACGCCCUGCACGUGGACAAGCCGCCCGCCGUCCUGCACUGCGUCUUCUGCCGCCGGGGCCCCCCGCUGCCGGCGCAGAAGAUCUGCCUGCGCUGCGAAGCGCCCUGCUGCCAGUCCCACGUGCAGACCCACCUGCAGCAGCCGUCCACCGCCCGCGGGCACCUCCUGGUGGAGGCCGACGAAGUGCGGGCCUGGAGCUGCCCGCAGCACAACGCUUACCGCCUCUAUCACUGCGAGGCCGAGCAGGUGGCCGUCUGCCAGUUCUGCUGCUACUACAGCGGGGCCCACCAGGGACACUCGGUCUGCGACGUGGAGAUCCGGAGGAAUGAGAUCCGGAAGAUGCUGAUGAAGCAGCAGGACCGCCUGGAAGAGCGGGAGCAGGACAUCGAGGACCAGCUCUACAAGCUGGAGUCUGACAAGAGGCUGGUGGAGGAGAAAGUGAGUCAGCUGAAGGACGAGGUGCGGCUGCAGUACGAGAAGCUGCACCAGCUCCUAGACGAGGACCUGCGGAAAACCAUGGAGAUCCUGGACAAGGCCCAGGCCAAGUUCUGCAAUGAGAACGCCGCCCAGGUCCUGCACCUCAAUGAGCGCAUGCAAGAGGCCAAGAAGCUCCUCAGCUCCGUCCAGGUCAUGUUUGACAAGACCGAGGACAUCAACUUCAUGAAGAACACCAAAUCCGUGAAGAUCCUAAUGGACAGGACCCAGACCUGCACGGGAGGCAGCCUCUCCCCACCUAAAAUCGGCCACCUGAACUCCAAGCUCUUCCUGAAUGAGAUAGCCAAGAAGGAAAAGCAGCUCAGGAAGAUGCUGGAAGGUCCCGUGAGCACCCCGGUGCCGUUCCUUCAGAGCAUCCCCAUGUACCCGUGCAGCGGGAGCGGCGCAGGGGCAGAGAAACGCAAGCACUCCACGGCCUUCCCCGAGGGCAGCUUCCUGGACCCCUCCCCCGGCCCCGUGGGCGGCCAGUACCUGGGCCAGGGAGCUUCGACCGGCGAGGGCCAGUCCGCCCAGCCCCUGGUGCCUUGCAGCUCCACGCAGCACAUCGUCGGACUGCCCAACGGGCCCCAGCCCGUCCACUCUGGCUCCGUCUUCAACCCGUCCCACUACCCCAACAGCACCUCAUCUCAGCAAUCCAUGCUCUCCCAGUAUGGCGGGCGGAAAAUCCUGGUCUGCUCCGUGGACAACUGUUACUGUUCGUCCGUGUCCAACCACGGCGGCCACCAGCCCUACCCCCGCUCCGGCCACUUUCCCUGGACAGUCUCUUCCCAAGAGUACUCCCACCCGCUCCCGCCGGCCCCCUCCGUUCCUCAGUCGCUGCCGGGGCUUGCCGUCAGGGACUGGAUCGACGCGUCCCAGCAGCCCGGGCACCAGGAUUUCUACCGCGUGUAUGGCCAGCCCUCCACCAAACACUACGUCGCCAGUUAACCCGCCCGCCCCCCACCAGCCCGCCCCCCACGGGGGGACCCGGGAGCCUCCUCACCUACGCACCGGAGACCCCCCCCCCACCCCGUCCCCACAGCCUCCUCUUUCUCUCCUGGGUCUGGUUGAUUUUUCUUUCCCUGUUUUUCCUUUUUUAUAUAAAUUUACCAGGAGCCAGGAAGCAGGAUGGGACCCGGGGUUGGGCAUUGUCCGCCUCAAGGCUGGCCUCUCUGGAGUUGGGAGGCUUUGUUAGUUCUAGCCGUUUCUAUUUCUCUCUUUCUCUUUUCUUUCAUCUUCUCCUGCCCCUCUUCCCAUCCCUCCACUGGAAAGGAGGAGUGUGCUGUCAGCUUUGGAGUCUGGGGCCUUGCGGUCCCACCCCCCAACCCCAAUGCUGGCAUUCCCCUAAUCGGCCCCCGGGAGACAGAGGUACGGCCUGGGGCUGGGCCGGGGCCUGGGGCGUCCCCUGGGAGGGCGAUGAUGGACAGGUUGGAAUUUUCUUUCCUUUCUCUUUGUCUUUUUUUUUAAAGUUCGAUCACUGAUUCAGUAAGAGAUGAUCCGUAUAGAUUGUGUGUUUUGGGGGUUUUUUAAUGCUGAUUAUUAAUUUUUUUUUUUUGAGUUAAAAGGCCACUUAUCAUGCAGCUUGGCCUCCUCAAUUUUGGAGCAGAAUCUGUAAAUACACAAUGGCAGGAAACCAAUGCACAGGAAAGGGAAAAAGAAACUUUUACAACAACAACAAAAAAAUAAUAAUAAAUAAAAUAAAUAAAUAAUUAAAAAAAGAAUAAAUAAUGUGUUUAGGUCGGGGGUGUUGGGGGAAGGGGCUGUCCCGCAGUUGGGCCUUCCUGAGUUGUGACAACGCAGCUUCCUGUAACGAGCACUUUGUAUAAAGCGUGGACUUCCUGUUAUCGAGGGGCAGGGAUUGAUUCUGUAACCCGUCUUAGAGCACACACCAAACGCCGACCUUCCAAUAAACGUCAUGGCGCCAC